ACGCAGCCCUGGUCGAGGCUCUCUGUCUAUCUCUCACCACCAGUGUUUGUAAUUUUCUCAUCAGCACUGUGCCUCGGUUAUUCAUUUUUAUUUCCUGGAAUAGCUUCCGUUUAUGGAAUAUUCUUCGGGGCGGGUAAAUACCGUGAAUAAGAAGGCUGAAACAUGAGUGUCGAGGCGUACGGGCCGAGCUCGCAGACUCUAACGUUCCUUGACACCGAGGAAGCCGAGCUGCUGGGAGCGGACACCCAGGGCUCCGAGUACGACUUCACCGACUUUACCCUGCCGAGCCAGACCCAGACCCAAGGCCAAACCCAGAGCCAGUUAGACAACCAGGUUAAUGGCCCUGAUGGCAUGCUACAGAAUGGAGACGACCCUGUGGUCAAAGCCAGUCAGCUGCUGGCAGAGUUGAACUUUGAGGAGGAUGAGGAGGACACCUACUACACCAAGGAUCUCCCUAUACACGCCUGCAGUUACUGUGGUAUUCAUGAUCCAGCCUGCGUGGUCUACUGCAAUACCAGCAAGAAGUGGUUUUGUAACGGCCGUGGAAACACAUCCGGCAGCCACAUUGUAAACCACCUGGUGAGAGCAAAGUCCAAAGAGGUGACCCUGCAUAAAGACGGCCCUCUGGGGGAAACAGUGCUGGAGUGCUACAACUGCGGCUGCCGUAAUGUCUUCCUUCUGGGCUUCAUCCCUGCCAAAGCCGACUCUGUAGUGGUGUUACUGUGCAGGCAGCCAUGUGCCAGCCAGAGCAGCCUGAAGGACAUCAACUGGGACAGUUCACAGUGGCAGCCGCUCAUCCAGGACCGCUGCUUCCUGUCCUGGCUUGUGAAAAUCCCUUCAGAGCAGGAGCAGCUCCGGGCUCGUCAAAUCACCGCCCAGCAGAUCAACAAGCUGGAGGAGCUCUGGAAGGAAAAUCCCACGGCGACCUUGGAGGACCUGGAGAAACCGGGUGUGGAUGAGGAGCCCCAGCAUGUGCUGCUCCGCUAUGAGGACGCCUACCAGUACCAGAACAUUUUUGGUCCUCUUGUGAAGCUGGAGGCCGACUAUGACAAGAAACUCAAAGAGUCUCAGACUCAAGACAACAUUACAGUCAGAUGGGACUUGGGCCUGAACAAAAAGAGGAUUGCUUACUUCACUCUUCCCAAGACAGACUCGGAUAUGAGACUGAUGCAGGGAGAUGAAAUUUGCCUGAGGUACAAAGGAGACCUGGCUCCUCCGUGGAAAGGCAUCGGACAUGUCAUCAAAGUCCCUGAUAACUAUGGCGAUGAGAUUGCCAUAGAGCUAAGGAGCAGUGCAGGAGCUCCGGUGGAGAUCCCACACAACUUUCAGGUUGACUUUGUGUGGAAGUCCACUUCCUUUGACAGGAUGCAGAGUGCCCUCAAGACAUUUGCUGUCGAUGAGACGUCAGUUUCUGGUUACAUCUACCACAAACUGCUGGGACAUGAGGUGGAGGACGUGGUCAUCAAGUGCCAGCUGCCCAAGCGCUUCACUGCUCAAGGCCUGCCUGACCUUAACCACUCACAGGUGUACGCAGUGAAGACUGUGCUACAGCGUCCUCUCAGUCUGAUCCAGGGUCCUCCCGGCACAGGAAAGACGGUAACCUCUGCGACCAUCGUCUACCACCUGGCCAGGCAGGGCAACGGGCCGGUGCUGGUGUGUGCUCCCAGUAAUAUUGCCGUCGACCAGCUGACAGAGAAGAUCCACCAGACAGGUCUCAAGGUGGUGAGGCUGUGUGCCAAGAGCAGGGAGGCCAUCGACUCACCUGUGUCCUUCCUGGCUCUGCACAACCAGACCCGUAACAUGGACAGCAUGCCAGAACUCCAAAAGCUCCAACAGCUGAAGGAUGAGACUGGAGAGCUGUCCUCCUCAGACGAGAAGCGAUACAGAUCUCUGAGACGCACAGCUGAGAGGGAGCUGCUUAUGAAUGCUGAUGUGAUCUGCUGUACCUGUGUUGGGGCGGGGGAUCCUCGUCUGGCCAAGAUGCAGUUCCGCUCCAUCCUGAUAGACGAGAGCACCCAGGCCACCGAACCAGAGUGCAUGGUCCCUGUCGUCCUGGGGGCCAAACAGUUGAUUCUGGUGGGGGAUCACUGCCAGCUGGGCCCUGUGGUGAUGUGUAAGAAGGCAGCUAAAGCAGGUCUGUCCCAGUCUCUGUUUGAGCGUCUGGUAGUUUUGGGGAUCCGGCCUAUCCGUCUGCAGGUUCAGUACCGCAUGCACCCAGCUCUCAGCGCCUUCCCAUCUAACAUCUUCUAUGAGGGCUCUCUGCAGAAUGGAGUCACUGCCGCGGACCGUGUGAAGAAAGGCUUUGACUUCCAGUGGCCGCAGCCGGACAAGCCUAUGUUCUUUUAUGUCACCCAAGGUCAAGAGGAAAUUGCCAGCUCUGGAACAUCCUAUCUCAACAGGACUGAGGCAGCUAAUGUGGAGAAAAUAACUACAAGGUUGCUGAAGGCUGGAGCCAAACCAGAUCAGAUUGGCAUCAUUACUCCUUACGAGGGACAGAGGUCCUACUUGGUCCAGUACAUGCAGUUCAGUGGCUCCCUCCAUACAAAACUCUACCAGGAGGUGGAAAUAGCCAGUGUGGAUGCCUUUCAAGGCAGAGAGAAGGACUUCAUCAUUCUGUCCUGUGUGAGGGCCAAUGAGCACCAGGGCAUCGGCUUCCUCAAUGAUCCCAGGCGUCUCAAUGUAGCGCUCACAAGGGCCAGGUAUGGUGUGAUUAUUGUGGGAAACCCCAAGGCCCUGUCCAAGCAGCCUCUGUGGAACCACCUGCUGAACUACUACAAGGAGCAAAAGGUCCUGGUCGAAGGGCCGCUUAACAACCUGAGGGAGAGCCUCAUGCAGUUCAGCAAACCACGCAAGCUCGUCAACACCAUCAACCCUGGGGGUCGAUUCAUGAGCACAGCCAUGUAUGAUGCCAGGGAGGCCCUCAUUCCUGGAUCUGUUUAUGACCGCAGCAGCAAUGGACGUUCGUCCAACAUGUAUUUCCAGACCCAUGACCAGAUUGGUAUGAUCGGCACAGGUCCCAGUCCCAUGACUUCCCUGAACAUCCCGAUCCCUUUCAACCUCGUGAUGCCCCCCAUACCUCCACCUGGAUACAUGGGACAGGUUAACGGACCCUCAGCAGGUCGUGGUGGAGGCCUGAAAGGCAAGGCAGGUAGUGGAGGAGGCGGCGGGACUCGAGGUGGGCGUCAGAGAAACCGCGGCAACAUGGGGAACCACAGCGGGAAUGGAGGAGCAGACCGACAUGGAGGCCACAUGAGUGGCAGCCAGGCCAGCCAGGACCUGGGCUCCCAGCCCUUCUCCCAGGGGCCUCUGACACAGGGCUACAUCAACAUGAGCCAGCCGUCUCAGAUGAGCCAGCCUGGCCUCUCCCAGCCUGAACUCUCACAGGACAGUUACCUAGGAGAUGAGUUUAAGUCCCAGAUUGAUGUGGCUUUGUCCCAGGACUCCACCUACCAGGGGGAGCGGGCCUACCAACACGGCGUGACUGGACUGUCCCAGUACUAGACUGUUGCUGGAAUGGAGCUAGGCCUGUGUGAAGCUUAGUUCAAUGGUAUUUUAAUCUGGGUAAUAACAAAAAAGAACAAACAUGGAUACCCGUUUUCCACUGCUACAACCGAAGCACCACUGUGUGAAAGUAACAGGAGAGAGACCGUGAGAAACCAACCAAUCACAAGAGUGAGAACAAAAAUGGGAGUAGAGCUGGACAGGAAGAGAGCAAGAGACGAGAGCGUGGGCGGCUGGUGGAGGAGAGAAGGCGCUGCUGCUCACGAGAGGACAUGGCGAAGGAGAAAGCCGCCGUUGUCGGAGCAGCGCAGUCGGAGAGGCGCGACCUUCGACGGGUCAAGGAGGGUGGAAUGUCCGAACGAUUCUGAAGGGGGGAAGGGGGGCGACUGUGUCAUCUUGUCCCUCGCGGGCCCCUGAACCCUCGGGGAUCUCCAGGCGGUCUGGUUGGGAAUCUUGCUCCAAAAGCUGAGAAAGAUGGAGAAAAGGUGUCUCACACAAAUGUCCUCCAAGCUAACUCAACAGGACGUAUUCUGUGACUUGGAGAGAGAGCGGAAACAAAAAGGGGGACACAACUCUUGAAGCAGUUGAUAUGGCAACUUUUUUAAACUCAAAGCUUGAAUUGAGGCUCUGCAUUUGAUCACAUCUAAGCAUCCAGGAGAGAAGAGUGUGGAAACACUGUUUAGCUAUUCAAGUGGACUCAAAAGUGCUUGUGGUGUUGUGCCUCGAAAUGAAAUUUGAGGAUUACAUCGCCACGGAUCAUCCGCUUUUAUUUCUCAGCUUUGAAAAGUUUGGAAAGUUUUCUAAAUAAAGGCUGUUUUCAUUGAGGCAUUCAGUGAUGUCAGUUGGCCGUCUUUCAGGCAGGUCUUUCUCAAGGUGGUCUGCAAAGAACAAGUGGUGGAAUUAGCUCGUAAAAAAUAUAAACGUAAAAGAAAAACAUCUUUGUCUCCAGAUCUGAGGAGGUGCGCUCCAAACAUCUGAAUAUAGGGAGACAAUUGUGUUUUUGUUCUUAUAAAUAUAUCUUUUUAGUAGUGCAAAAGCGUGAGAGUGAAACACCAUAACCAGCUUAUAACUGAAUGAAGCUGUUAUUCUUCUCUGCUGACCCGGAAGCCACUAAAGCUAGCAGACAGGGAUCAUCUUGAGCAUAUAUAGCUAAUUGCAUCGAAUAAGCCAAAUCAAGAGGGCAGUCAUUCCCAAAGACCCUUCUUCAAAAGUGGAAACAAAAACAUGCAUACAUUGAGAUUAUUUAUGUACAAUUUAAGCACCUGAUUAUCACUGUAAAAAAAAAAAUCACUUUUAUAGAAGAAAUUGUGAGUUUUCAUGCCAAUAGACUACUAGGUAACAAAACAUGAUGAAAACUUCUCAGGCCCCAUCUUAUAAUAAAUGUUUUGAAUUAAAAUAUAAUCAUGGUUAUUACUAUGUUAGAUUGUGGUUGAAAAAAUAGCCUCUAAUAAUGUAACGAUUUCCUGAAUAUGUAAUAAAAUUUACACUUGAGCUGAUCAAAAAUGUUAUAAAACCAAAAAAAGUGAUAACUUGACCAAUUAUGUGAUAAAAUAUCCUUACUUACUGUUAUUGUACCUUCCAGAUGUUUUUUGUUUUCUUCAAAUUUGAUAAUGUCAUAAUUUUGAUUGAUAAUGAAAAAAGUAUUUUUUUAUUAUUAAGUGCAAGUUUACAACAUGUGUGUACCUUGUAUGCAGUGUAAUGAGUCAUAACAUUUUUGGUAAUAAUGUUAAAUCAGUCAUUCAGGACAUUUAAUUGUUAUAUUGGACGAUGUAAUACAUUUUUUUAUUUUAUUACUUUUUUUAUCAGGUUAAGUGCAAAUUUUAUUACAUUUUCAGGAAAAUUAUUACAUUAUCAAGUGCUACAAGCCCUUGGUUUACAAAGUGAAAAGUUAUAUGUUGUAUAUUAAUUGUGAAAUUUGGCAUAAAGAACCCUUUAAAUUAUUACGACCCAAGUGUAAAAUUGUUGGCCUUCCUUAAUUUAUUUUUGUUUUUUUGGUCCUUUGUGUUCCUAAGGUUGAACUUAAAGAGAAAUGUGAAACUGUCCCAAAUAGUAGUGCAUCAUGUCAAGGGCUGAACAGUUAGUUUGUUCUAUAACUUUAAUGAACAGUGACCUUUGUGUCUUAGAUUCAGCGCUCUGCAUGUGUUGUAAGCUCUCAUUUCGUAAACUUUAGAUGGACUCUAGCGAAGCUUGUUUUUAUCGGUAUUUAAUUUUCUUAUGUGUAAUGACUGUACUGCCAUCAACACACACAUGACGCUGAGAAGACAACGUCAAAACAGUAGUUGUUGUAAUGACCAUAGCCACCUUACUUCUGACCCCAGAGCUGGGUUCAAUAACAUAUCAGAAAUGGUUGUUUGAGGCCCUCAGCGGCAAAUGUGUUUAGUUUGAAGAAAGCGCCACAAGGAUUAGAAUCCGUUUCUGAAAAACGUGUCACUAAUAGACUUGCAACGGCAUGAGGUUUUCUGAUAAAAAAACAGUAAUGGUACAGCAUUACACUAUUAUUAUUAUGAGCGGUUGCAGUUCCAAUGACCCGUAAAGGAAUGAAAACAAGGGUUUUUUUGUUUGCACUUUAUUACAAUUGAAACUUGUGUGUAAAAUCCCCCCUUUUGUAAAUCAAUAUUUUUUUUUCAAUACCAUAGAUAAGCAAAUGUAGAUUAAAUAAUAACCUUCAAAUUUCUUACUAAAGUCCUCGCCACUAAUGAGAUAUUUUACGGGUUGAUAUUCCUACUGUAUUGAAUAACUAACUGGCCCAGGUAAGGUUUCGGCCGACUUCAUCUGUGCAGGUGGCACAUCUUACUGUACAGGACAUCAAAUUAUUUAUUCCCCCUUUCUGUAUAAAUCUGUACAUCAGUAUCUGUUUACUUCUAAAUUUAUGUUCCAUCCUAUCUGGAUAAAAUCACAGUUACUAGCUAGAUGCACCCCAUUUGUUGACAUCAUAAAGUCUAACUAUAAAGAUUGUCAUGCAUUUCUUUCAAAGAAGAUUUAAAAAAAAAAAAAGACUAAUAAAAGCCCACCCCAUCCCUCACCAACACAUGAACAAUAGUUGUGCAUGUCCUGUGACUAGAAGGUUACUUUUUGAGUUGGAUGUUUUCCACUAUUAAUCUUUGUUUGGCUUUUUGCUGUUUAGAACUGAACUGAAAAUGAAGUUUUGUGUUGGCACCCGUUUGUAUUUCUGCCCACUGAUUGGUGUUAGUAGUUACGCUCACUAAGAUUCUCCUGUUGAUAAUCUUGGAAAAUUAAAGUUUGCUUCUUUUUUUCCUCUCCAACUUGA